ACAAAGAUAUCACAAGGCGGAAGUAAACCCUUUCAGUGAAACGGAAGUACAAGUGUAUUUUAGUACCAACGACCUUUUUGGCAUCUCCGAGGAAAAUCAUAAUGUCACGGAUCAAGGCCCAUGAACUUCGAGGGAAGAAGAAGGAGGAGUUGGAGGAGAACCUCAACAAGCUGAAGCAGGAAUGGGCUCAGCUUCGAGUUGCUAAGGUGACCGGUGGCCAGGCAUCCAAGCUUGCUAAGAUCUGUGUCAUCCGUAAGAGUAUUGCCCGUGUGAGGACCGUCAUGCACCAGACCCAGAAGGUGGAGCUGCGCAAGUACUACCGCAACCGCAAGUUCAAGCCCCUGGACCUCCGCCCCAAGAAGACACGAGCCAUCCGCCGUGAGCUCAGCCGAUCAGAGCUGAACCGCCGUACCAGCAAACAGAUCCGCAAGGCCAGCAUGUACCCCAUGCGCAAGUACGCCGUCAGGGCGUAAACGUGAUCACAUUGCAACUCUCAAAACUAUUUCAGAAACUUGUUCAGUACCAGAUUGCUUCUGUCCUCAUGGGAUCCGUUGUAAUGGCUUAGGCACUCCGUGAGAAGUGCUUGGACAUCACACAGAGGAGGGAGAACCAUCGCCGAUGGAUUACAAACACUCACAACAAUGGGCAAAGAAGAUUAACCUCAAACUCAUAUAGAUCGAAGAACGUCAAUGCCAGAUUAAUAAAGUCUGUUUUCAGCACAUAA